AUGCACCAUAUGGGGAUGGAUAUGGAUCAUGGCCAUGACCACGGUGACAUGGAAAUGGGACAGUGUAGUAUGAAUAUGCUUUUCACCUGGUCUACAAAGAAUCUUUGCAUCGUCUUCCCGCAAUGGCGUGUCACCGGCAUCUUGUCUCUACUCAUCUCACUUCUACUCAUCGUGCUUUUGACCGCCGGCUAUGAGGGCGUCCGUCAGCUUACAAGACGCUUCGAGGUGGCACAUGCGAAGAGGCUCAGCGCAUACACAACCGCCGCAGUCGGAGGUAACGAAAUCCACGACGAUUCUCCGCCGGCCAAUGACCCUCCCAGCCAGACACUGCCUGUCCCAAACGGUGGCUCACAGCUCGUUGUAGGUAGGGAUAGCCGAAAGUCCGUCGAGCAGCGAGGAAAGAUUACCAUGGCGUCAUUGUAUGCUGUGCAGGUCUUCUAUAGCUUUUUCAUUAUGUUGCUUUUCAUGACCUAUAAUGGCUUUGUUAUGCUAGCUGUCGCUGUCGGUGCCUUUGUAGGAUAUCUGGUUUUCGGAGACGACACCUCCGCUAGCAAGACGGUUGCGUGUCACUAG